AUGGAUCACCAAACUAAGUUUGUCGUGCAGAAGAUUGUCGUGUCGCUCCACUCGGCGGGUGAGAUCUUGGAGAAUAUCCUGGGUAGAGCUUCUGAAGAGAAAGCAGAAAUGAUUUCUUGCCGAUCGAAUCUUGAUCCCAAGGAUGGGCUGGAAUUCCUGGGAUUGGAGGCUCAUAACAUCCAUGAUCUGGCCAAGGAGGUGGAGAUCAGGCUCUCGGAGUGCAGGGAGAAGGAAAGGAAGGAGAGAUGCAGGAUGGAGAGUAUGAUAUCAAGCUUAAAGAAGGAGAACCAGGAUAUUAGGAGCAUGUUGGAAGUUGCUGUAACUGAGAAGGAGGCGGCGGAGAAUAGCCUUCGUGUGUUGAAGGGCGACGGCGAUCAGAGAAGAAGUUCAAUCCUGCAGAUUGCUGAGAAGGGGUUGCAGAAGGUUGGCUUUGGCUUCAUCAUGGAGGUGAUAAGUGGAGAAUCAGAAGGAGAUGAGAUGAGCAGCUCCAGCGCCAGUGCAGCAUCUAAUGGAAGAGAAAGUAAACAGGAGGUUGACAGUCUGAAACUAGUGAUCUUGUUAUGUUUAGAAGUUGUCCACCGAAACCAUCAUGCACUGGAAAACUUGCCAGCUAAUAAACUACUUCAAGCUGUUUCCUUUCAGGCUUCAAUAGUUGGUAAGACACUGAAAAACCUGCAUCAUGAGAUCAAUGACCUCAGACAGGCCUUAGACGAGUCCAGGUCAGAUUGUGAUCAUUUGCAACUUCUCGCUGCUCAACAGGCUCAGAAGAUAAUCAAACAUGAGUCGCACAUACAGGAUCUAAGAGAACGGGAAAUUCUCCUACUUCAAAGUGUGGAAGAGCUCAAUGUCCGGGUAAAGGAAGUAGAACAGGAAGCUGCACGAUGGAAAGAGGCAUGUGCGUUGGAAGUAGAAGCUGGAAAAGCUGCCAUUAAAGAACUGAACCAGGAGGUGACCUUGCUCAGAGAAGAACUGCGAAGAGUAAAAGCAGAUUUAGAUGCUGCAAACAGCAAGAUACAGCUAAAAGAGAAAUUAGCCGCCAGUGCAAUGGCAGCACAAGCUGCUGCAGAUGCAUGCCUUAAGCUUGCUGACAGUAGAUCUGCUGGGUUACAACAGAGAAUAGAAGAGUUGACAAGGCAGAUAGAGCAAGAAGAUACACAUGCAAGAAAAGGGAGAGACAGUGCCCGAAGAAGAAUAAGAUACGCCUGCUGGCCAUGGCAGCGACUUCGAGUCAUAUCAACAUCCUCUCGUGCUAGGACAUGGUCUGUUGAUCAGAACGGAAGAUUGUUACCAAGGACAGAAGCACUACUUCAAAUAAGGAUCUGACUAAGUUCUCACAGUUUCCCAGACUAGCUAGACAUAUCCCUCCCUGUUCCCCUAUUUUCUCUAUGUAAGCAUGCACCUUAGAUUUUUGCAAUAAAUUCAUAUGGUCUUCUCACUACUCGCUGAAUCUAGUUUGUCUGCCUACUGCCAUCUGGAGAAGUCAUUCAA